AUGAAAUCGAAAAGAUCAACCCCAUCCUCUGCCAGUGACACUCCAGGUCAUUCGGUCAAGAAGAACAAGGUAUUGGCAAGUGACGGCCGUUCGGUCGAGGAGGCAGACGCGGGAUCUCGUCUCGUGCUUUUGAAACGCCUGGUUGGGGAGGUCAUAAGUAGUCCAGUUGCCGCGAAGGUUGAACCAGAGGCUUUGAGGGCAAUUUCACUGCUAGAUGACAUUUUCCGCCAGUCGUCCAAAGAUGCAGGUGCAGAUGCAGAUAUGACUCGAUCGCCCUCAGCAAUACCCCACGCGUCGAAGGCUUCCGGAGAAAACAUUGGACCUUGCACGCCUGCCCUGCCGCCAAUUCUCGAUGAUGGACUGGAGAGGGCUGUUUUUACCCACCCUGCGCACAGCAACAAUGCCAGAGCAACUUACGAUCGGCUGGAGAUUCUUGGGGAUGCCUACAUUGAACUGAUUGCCACUAAGAUCAUUUGGGAAUGGUUUCCAGAUAUACCUUCUGGUCGAAUAUCACAGAUUCGAGAGUUGUUGGUGAAGAACGAGACACUCGCGGGGUUUGCGGAAAGUUAUGGUUUUGACCGCAGAGCUUCGGUCCCGCCAAAUUACUCCGACCAGCCCAAGCGAUGGAUCAAGACAAAGGGCGACAUCUUUGAGGCCUACGUAGCCGCAGUCAUUAUUUCCGAUUCAGUCGAUGGCUACCGGAUUGCAGAACGAUGGCUAUCUGACUUGUGGUUGCCAACAUUACACGGCCUGGGGCAUCAAAAGGCGGAGUUGCGCUCCAAGGAAGCUCUCGCCAAAAAGGUCAUGGGCAAGGGGAUCAAACUCGAGUAUAUUGAGGAACGCCCAUCAGUUCAGCAUCGAGGCGGCACACAGUCCUUUUUCAUCGGAGUCUAUCUCACCGGCUGGGGGUGGAAGAAGAGGCAUCUGGGGUCUGGUCAAGGUCUGAGUAAAGUAGCUGCGGGUGAUGAAGCUGCAAGGCAGGCCCUACUUGAUACCCAACUGAUCCUGGAGAUCACAGCUGCCAAGCAGUCCUGGGAUUCUAGACAAGGGACUAUUUCCUGCUGA